UUAUUCUUAUAAAAAAAUGGCUGACGGCGUCGACAUUGAUCUUUAUGACAAUAUCGAAGAUGAAUUUAGUCAAGUAAGUUUGAUUAAUUCAGUAUCAUUAAUCGGACAUUAAAAUCAUUGCUUUUCGAAAAAUUUAUUAUUUCUGCUUCAUUCUUAAAAAAAAACCUUUCCUUUUAAAUCCAUUAUACUUUCUGUAAAGUAAAAUAUGAUAGGCUCUGAUAGUCUGAUAGGGAGAUUGCAAAAAGCAAGUUUUUUGCUGUCAGUGAUGACAUGCAGUCCAGCUUGUGCAUGGCGAGUCAGUUUUCCCUCUUAAAUUUGUCUGAAUCACUGGCCUAUCAACCCACAUAAUAAUGACGGUUGGAAGGGGCAUUCAGAUGUUACUUAUUAUUAUUACUUCAAAUAAAAGUAAAUCCCUUCCUCACUAAAAAUUUCACUUAAUUAUUAAUCUUUCAAUCUUUGUCUAUAAAAUAAAAUUUUGUUGUCCACUUUUGAUUUUUGGUCUUCAUGUUUUGUUUGGGAUGUGACGUCAUAUAUACAAUAUAGGCUAGCCUACAGUUCCAGCUAGGCCAUCUUUACAAAAAGUCAUAUUUAAUAUAUAUAAAAUGGAUGGAACAAGAACAUCUUAGUCUUAAUUACAUCAAUAUAGCCUACUCUACAUUUCACUGACAAUGAACAGAUGAGUGAGCGCUAAUAUAAUUUGAGUAAGAGUCUUACAGUAAGAGGCCUAUCGAUCAAUUGGCCAAUGGUGAACUAUUUGUCAUUUUGCUUUUUAAUAACCUGCUUCUGCCACGAACAGAUUAUUAAUGUUAACGUACACUGCAGGGAGGUAUAACUUUGAUUCAAGACUGGGCAAAAAAAAUGGGAUAGCAAAUAUAAACAAGAAGAAAUCUAAAAAUUGGCUUGUGCAUCAGAGAUUGUUAGGGGGGGGGGGGGGGGGGUUGUUGUAAGCUGUGAUUUUAUAUCAAAUUUGAAAAGAUAUAAUUAAUAAUAAUAUGUGUGGGUGGACUACCCACUAAGACUUGGGACUUUGGCCAUGAUUGUAAUAGUAAUUAUACCAAGGCUAUUAGUAUUAGAAAUAGAAAUAUAUGAAAUAGCAAUUAGCAGGAAUACCCGGUAAUAUGAAAAAAAGUAUGAAUUUAUAAAAGUAAAAACAAUAUUAAAACACAAUAUACAAGAACAAAAUUAACCAAGAAAGGUGAAGAAAUUAAUCCAUUUGUUAAAUUUCCUAGCUAUUAUGCACAUUUUUCAUCAAUUUACUAUGAACGAUUGUAUGAUUUUUUUCCUUGAUUUUAAAAGUCCUGAAAAAGUGAAGCAAUGUGUCUCGUCUAGAGGCAUUCUAGAAAAUUUAUUUAGCUACCAUAAGUAUAUAGCAUCUUUUCUUAGAGUGCCAAUGUCUUUUUCUUGUGAGGAAUAUUAAUUGGUAGAGUAAACCCACUUUUGAGUCUUUAAAAUAUCUGUAAUUUGUAAUCAGGGUUUCAUAUUUGGACACCUAAAUUUAAAUCUUAUCUGAAAAGUUCCAGAAGUGGACACCUGAGGUGGGUGAUAAAGAUGGGCAAUUUUCCUUAAACGUUUUUGCCUCCAGAUGGCUCAUGAAGACUGUCCUACAAAUAAGCUUGAUAUCAAUAAAUCUAGCGGAGUGUAGCAGUGAUGACUUGUUCAACCUUUGUUGCCCUCCUAACCAUCAUCAGUAUUUAAGGGUGGUGUUGGGCAUUAUUUUGUUAACUCUACAGCCUGCAUAUUUCAAAAAAGAAGAAUUAAUAUAUUAUUAUUAAUAUUAUCAUAUUAGGAUAACAGAAGGCCAUAUAUCAUAUAGACUAUUAUACUAUUAAUAACAGUAUACCAGAGAUAAUUAAAUGUGAGUGUUACAAACCACUUUCAGAUAUGGAAUGUGUUUAGUUUAACAUUAAAUAUAUUUGUUUAAAUUAUGCAGGAUGCAGAUUUUGAUGGAGGUGGAGACCUAUAUGAUGAUGUCAUUGCUGCAUCAUCAACACGCUCAAGUGCAGAGGUAUACUUAUUUAAUCACUUAUCAAAAUAUUCUUCCCUCAUAUAUAAGUAAAUAUACUCCGGAACUGGAACAUUGGUUUCAACCUUUUAAAUUUUUUUUGAUCGAAAAACUACAAGUUUCGUUGACAAACCUAUUCAGUUUGUUAAAAGUGUGUUUAAUUUAGAACAUAAGUUAUCUAUUGAGAAGACAAAAUUUUACCCAUAAGAUAAUUCAGUGUAACCUAAUAAAUUACAUUAAAAAUGUCCAUUAAAAUGAUUUUUUUGUGUUCCUUUUUUAGCCCAUGGAUCGUACUUCAGGCAGUAAGACUCCCUCAAGAUCAAACAGCACAUCACUUCCCUCAUCGACUUCAGCUUCUGCUCACACUGGAAAAAAACAUAUGCUCUAUAUUGGCAACCUAACCUGGGUAGGUUGCUUCUAAUAAUACUAAUAACAAUAAUAAAUUAAAUGACGUAAUAUUGAAUAAUGCAUUAUUUCUUUUGCUUUUGAUGGCAAUGUUUGAAGCUUUCUUAUGCAUGUACAAACAAAUCACUAUCUAUCUUUUCUUUUCUUGAGUGCAUAGAGUCAACUUUAUUUACCAUUUACAGGCUAAUGUAACUCCGACAGAGCUUAGCCACGUAGCACAAGUUAUCAAGAGUUACAGUAUUUUUGUUUUAGUAUUCAUGUUAAUAAUAUUCUGAAUGCAAAAUUUAAAAAUAUUUUAAAAGUUAUUACUUAAUAAAUUUAAUAUUUUGCCAUAAUCUUGUUAAAUUCUUUUACAUCUAUAGUGGACAACUGAUCAAGACCUUACGGAUGCUAUGAGCUCCAUUGGUGUGUCGGAUUUAUUGGAGAUAAAAUUUUAUGAGAAUAGAGCAAAUGGACAAUCAAAAGGGUAUUUAAAAUUUUCCUUAUACAUUUAACGGAUGAAAUGGAAUCAAGAGAUUUUUAAAAUAAUUUUUAAUUAAUGUGAAGGAAGUAAAAUUGCAUAGAGAAUGAAGAAACUGAUGCAAAUAUAUGUGAUACACAUUGUGAAAGUUAGACAAAAUGCCCUUUGUAAAUUUAUAUUUUUCGUUUGACAUCUAUUUCUUCCAUUCUACUUUAAUUAUAUUGGUUCAAUUAUAGUGAAGCAUGAAUAUAUUUCCUUCUAUAAUUUCAAUAAUCAAAAUUAUGGAUCAUUUAAAAUUUGACAUCUCUUGUGAGGUUGAUAAAUUGGAGUUCAAGCUUUACCAUAAAGUGAUCCUCAUCUAACUAUUAAAGUGACAUAAAACUGACUAUUGAAUGUUUUGCUUAUUUUAUUUAUUGAGAAUUACCUUUGUAAUGCUCAGAUAAUGCAUUAAAAUUGCAGGUUUGCUCUCAUUAUUGUUGGCUCUGAGCAGUCAUCACGUACAAUCUUUGACCGACUAUCUCGUAAAGAAUUGCAUGGACAAGUGCCCCAAGUUAGUCACUUCACUAAACAAGCAUUAAGUCAGUUUGAAGCACAAGCUCGCAAAACUGGAGGCGGUGGCCCCGGUGAUGCAGAAAGAAGAGACGAACGUGGACAGCCAGGUCGGGAUCCAACACCAAAUGGAAGCUUUAGAAAUGGUACCGAACUUAAAGGGUGGAAAUAUAUUGGAGCUUGAAUUUAAAUACUUAUCACAUUGACCUCCUAGAUUACCAUGAGAUGAGCGGUUGUGUUAAAUGUAUCCACUGUUAAUUAGUUCAUUCAAAAAUAAAUCAUCUUGAUUCAAUCAGCUACUAUUAUUCAUUAUCUCUUUUAAAAAAAUUUUUUUUCACAAAAGGUACCCAAAAAAGAAGAGACUUUUUUCCUUGUGUUUCUAAAUUUAAAAGUCAGGUUGACUAAUAGACCUGAUCCAUAGACAGAUUGCACAUAUUUUUGUUUAACUUGGCUGGUUUUAUUCUUGUUUCUCAAAGUUUUAUCACUCAUCAAUAUCAUUUUGAAACAUUAUAAAUAGUGCUGGAAUGGAAGGGCUCUGAUAAAAUGAAUGAAAUGGUCUUUUAAAUCAUAACUAUAAUUGAUAUAGUGGUUUCUGGGCUGAGGUCUUACAGACAUAGUAUAUAUGAAACAUACAUUUUAGAAUGAUUCGCCCUCAACGUCAUCGUUUAAAAACUAAAGAAUGUUAAUAACUUCUCAGAUAAACGAGGCCCACCUCCUGGGGGACCACCUGCUGGUACACCUGGGUUUCCACCACGUCUUACUGGCCCUCCACCACCAAGACCAGGACCUCCACCAGUUACAGGGCCUCCUCCAAGGCCCACUGGUCCCUUAAAUUUUGCUCGUAAGUUACAAAAUACCUCUCAAGCUUCAAUUUGAGUGGUUACCUUUAUUUAUUUUUUUGCUGGUUUUUGUUUUUUGUUUAUACAAUAGAAAAUUUGUAAUGCUCUUUUUUAAAAAUUACAUGCGAGUUUCUAAUAACUAAACUAAAUGAUAGAUGUCAGUAUCCUAUUUCUCUGGUCAUACCAAAGAAGAGUCUGGAGUAGAAACCAUUUGGGCCUGAAGUUUUCACGUUUAACAAAUUAUAAUGACAAUGCCAGUGUAUCCUCUUUAACAAAAGUACUUAAUACUUAUUGAUGCUGCUUUUUGAUGUCGCCAGAUGUUUUUUCAACUAGCUCAUACAAUUGUAAACUUAAUUAAAUUAAGGCGAAUAAUAUAAUGCAGUACAUUUAAUUUAGUUUAUUAGUUUGUAUUUUUUAAGCUUAAUGCUAUAGCACAUUUCAUUUUUGUUCCUUUAACAUGUUUUAGUAUGAUAUGAAACGGAAAAAAAUUCAUUGCUUUAAUAUAACAUUUUUUUACCCACAUUGCUUUCCAAUAACAAAAAAGUGAAUUAAGUCUGUGUAGUAUACAGGUGUAAAAAAGAGAUAGGACUUGAUUGGUAUAAUAUCAGCACGGUUGGGGUUCUCUAUUAUAAAUCACUAAGUAACACUGAAAAUUGCUUAAACUUUAGAAUUCUUCACUUUGUUGAGAAAAGCUGUUGGAAUACACAUUUGACAAUGUUUUUUAGUGUCUUAAUCAAAUGAAGCUUACCGCCACAAAUAGAUUCAGUCUUUUACAAUAAGUCACACACCCUUAAUGUUUUCACAGCAUUGAUUUGCUUUUGUUAUGUCAAAAUGUGUACCAUUUUUUAUUUGACAUGUUUUAAAGCAUGUUUUUAUAAUUCAUUACGUUAUUAUUCAAACCGUUAAUUAACUUAAAUAUUCAUUACCAUUGUCUUUCAUUCUUCCCCGAUCUGUUUCAAAAUAUCACAGAGCUUGUGAGAGCUUGCACUGACUACUUGUCUACAGCACCUCCUGGAACCUUACCUCCAGUUACAGGACCACCACCUGGAAUGCCUCCCAUGCCACCUCGACCUGGCCAGCCUGGUCCGCCUGGCAAUAGGGGCCCUCCACCUAGAAUGGAGGUAGCUUUUAACAUGUCAAAUGUAAUCAUUGAUUGUCUUUUUUUUUUUUUUAGACAAUUUUUUGAACGAAAAUAUGAAUUAGGAAGCCUAAAUCAUUCAGCCAUUAGACCAAAAUUUUAAUUUAAAAAAUCUUACACCUCGACCUGGCCAGCCUGGUCCGCCUGGCAAUAGGGGCCCUCCACCUAGAAUGGAGGUAGCUUUUAACAUGUCAAAUGUAAUCAUUGAUUGUCUUUUUUUUUUUUUUUAGACAAUUUUUUGAACGAAAAUAUGAAUUAGGAAGCCUAAAUCAUUCAGCCAUUAGACCAAAAUUUUAAUUUAAAAAAUCUUACUUUGUAUUUAGAAAUAUAUUAUUUGGUGACUUUUCCACCCUUCAUUAACCUAAAUGUAAUGCUCUAACUUGGAAAUUAAAUGUAUAUAUAAGAUUAAAUUUGGGAUAUUUUGUUUUUAUUUACAAUUCUUUCACAUUUCCCUCAUUAACCAAAUAUUUUUUUUUAAAGUGAUUUCUGUUGUGUAAAAGUACAUUGAAUAAAUUUUAUCUCUUUAUGUUUUCAUAUGUAUUUUUCUGUCUUGACAUUACAGCCUCCUAGAAUGGGUCUACCACCACCACAUUUACGGGGACCACCUCCACCAUUAGAUACUAGAGCUCCACCUCCCAUGAGACCAGAAUGGGAAAGACCCCCAGGACCUGGUGAGUUAAAUUAUAGUUUAGUCCUAAAAUUGUUUACUGGUGUUUGAAAUUCUACCAUUAAAACUAACAUGUGCACUCAUUGAAUUAUAGUUUAACUUGAUUUCUAUUGUUCCAAGCAUUUCUUAACUUAAUAGAUUUUCUAGGAAGGUAUUUUAGCUAUGGAUGCAUCAUUUGCUUGACUAGAUCUCAUUUUACUGAUGUAUUUUUAUGUGGAUAUAAAGUACCUCAAGUAAGAGAUAGUCAAGAAAAAAAUAAUAAAAGCGCUGCUGUUAGUGACAUGCUUCUCCUCACAUGGUUUCCAAUUUAGUUAGAACUUACCCAUCAUUAACAUCUCUUCUGUACAUGUUUCAGUAAGACUGCCAUUAACAUAUCUAACUAUAAUUUAAAGGCUGUGAUUAUAACUUGCUUCACUAGUUACAAUAAAUCCUCACAUGUGAAGACGUGAUUUAAUAGAGAAACAAUAUAACAUGUAUCUAACUGGAACACAGAUUUGGGGAUAAGAAAAAUGAAAUUUUCAUACAAACUUAUGCUUGGUUUAAAAUAAUUUGUAAAAAAAAACGCAUUUAUUUAAAAAAAAAUUUUUUUGCGGAGUUGUAAUAUAUAUUUAAAAAAAUAUUUUUUUUUCACAUGAAUCCAAGCAUUGUGAUUAUCAGAUAGUUUUCUUAAUUUUGAUCACAAUGGGUUCGAGAUUGCUCAUUUACAGGUCCAUAUAAAAUAUAGAUAUUUUAAACACUUUACAUUUAGUGUUGCAUAAAUUAUGAUCUAUCUCACUAGCAUUAUGUUUAUAUUUAAAUGCUACCAUUAAAAGUAAUAAUGUUUAUUUCUCAGUCACCCCUUAAAACCAAUUUAUUUAAAAGCAUUUAAAAAAGUUUUGUAUCAAGGAUAAAGAACUAUUUUUUAAAUUCAAGCUUAAGUGUGAUCUAAGCAUAGACAACUGAAAGUAGAUAUAUUUUUAAUUAACUCUUUUAAAUAAAGGCCCCCCCAGUGUUUUUUUGCUAUUAGAAUGAUGCGACUUGCAUUUUAAUGUGGCUGUCCAUUAUUUAUUGAUUUAUUGAAACAAUUUUAACAUGACACUUUUUGUCACAACAUAUUAUUCAUGUGAUCAGCUUCCUUUCUCAAAGCUGUUGGAUUGUUUUCAAAUCAUUAUCCAUAAAGUUUAUGAAAGUUUGCACAAUGUGCUCGUAAACUGCCAUUUAUUUCCUUUAAGUUAUUUUUUCAUAGUCUUCCAACUGCCUGUCUUAGUGUGCAAUGUUUAUCUUUGUUUUGUCACCGCUCUCUCACUGCCACUGUUAAAAAGAGAUAUUGUUUAGGUUUAACUGCAUAAUAUUUUGAAGAGCUUCUCAUGGUAGGAUUUUUACUUGUGUGGGUUUUAAAAAGAACAUUUUUGGUUGUUAUUAUUCUUUCUACAGCCAGCGGUGAAUGAAUCCAGAAACACGAUUGAUUGGGGACCAUCUAUAAUUAUAUUAUGUUUGCCCUGAGAUGGGAAGGGGGUGUUGUUGAUUUAGGAGAUUUUGUGUGCUGGGGGUUGGUAUAAAUAUUUAAGUUUAUAAAAUUGACAACACCACGUUUUCUAUAAUGAUGGUGGUGAUGGUCAUGUUGUUUUCGUAAUGAACUAACUAGACAUGGAAACAGUAUUAUUAGUUAUUAGUGUAGUCGCCCUAGUGACAAUUUUAGUGAAUCCUCACUUUUGUGGUUUGCUUUGGUGCUGCUGUAUGACGUAAUUUUUGUGACAUUAUUUUAGUCUGCAUUUUGAGAACACACAAAACAGCUGUACAAUUUUAUUACCCCUGUUUGGUUUAAACACUCCCCUUCCUUACAGCUUAUGGUACUUAUCAGACUAUAAUAUGUUAAUGGGAAAUAGCAUAAUGGGAAACAAGUUACUUGGUUUUGUAAAUGUUGUCCCAAUUUGUAAUUCUUAUUUCAAUUUAAAAAAAUUUAUGCUGAUCUGACUUCAAUUUUGAAUUGCGUUUAAUUUGGAAAGUAACUUUAUUUUUACCAGUGACAGCCUUAUUAUGUGAUGUGGUUGUUCACCCAAAUUUUAAUUGAUUUUUAUAGUUGAUACAUGUCUGCGAAACAAAGGGACAGCAGAUUGCAAUAUAAACGCCAGUCAUCCACUUGUGGAAGUUACUUUUUUUUUUUUUUUUUAAUUUUUUUUUUUUACAUCAUCUUAACUUGAUCCCACUAGACUCUCAAUGCGAGUAGUUAUUGUAAACAUUAUAUAUAAUGGAUGUUUAUUUAUUUUUUAAGAAACUGUAUUGUACAAUUUGAGGCGAUAUUGUAAGAUUUUAGGAAUUUCGAGGGUAACCAGGUCUGGUUCCAGUUUAAAUUUGCAAUUAGUAUAUGGUUGAUACAUUGAAUGAAAAUACUGAUUUUGAUUAUAUUCUAUUUGUUAUGUACCAAUGUCAAUUCCCCCUUUUGCAGAAAAAUUACACUUUUUCCUCCCAAUUAAGGUUUUUUAUUAAAAAAAUGUCCCAAAGGAUAUUAUUUUAACCAGGAGGUUAACAGCUUAUUAUUUACUAUUGCAAUUGUAAAAUAUCAAUCUCUUAUAUUCUGUUAACAAUGACUUGCAUGGAGAAAAGGCUACUUUCAAGAACAAAAUUGACCAUUUAUAUACUUUGUCAGAUUGCUUUCAUCCACAAUGGAUGUUCUGUCAUUCAGUUCAGAUCUAGACCUGUCUACUGUGUGUUUGAUUAAUUUUUUUCAUGUUUACAGGGAGGCCCCCUAUGCCAGGUGGGCCCCCACAGAACAAGGACUUUCUUCGCGGCCCACCACCAGGACCGCUAGGUUUGUUAACUUUUGCCUGUGGUAUGCCAGCUCAUAAGAUACUUGUUGUAUAAGUUGGAUCAACUACUAAUUCCAGCUACAUUUAAUUCAUUAGCUUUGUUUCUGAUCAUGAAGAUUAAAUUAAUAACUACAGUAAUGUUGAAUGAAAACUGUCAUGUUUUGUAUAUUUACCAUUGUGUUUUUUUUUUCAACUGCCAGAAGUAUUUUCUAAACUUCAGUAUAUUUCAACAAUAAUAGCUUAAUUUUAUUUUUCAAAAAAAAAAGGCAAACUAGUGUUGUUUUUAAAGCUACUAAAAACAAUUUUGCCAUGGGGGUGGUGGGGGUUUUCCAACAUUCUUCCAUAUUUAUUUCAAUUACAUGAUGCAGUUAAGGAAAGAACAAAAACAUCUGUAAAAAGAAAAAGAUUUUCUUGGGCUGUUUUAUUAUAGGACACAUUUGAAUAACUUGCACUUCAUGUUUAUUUUAAAAGACAUUUUCUCUGCUCACUUGUCUUGAUGUGGUAACAGUAUUAUAAAUCAGAUUUUUUUUCUCAAAUAUGUUAUUGUAAAUUUGAGCAUUAAUUUAUUAACCAAUUUGGCUUCCAGAACUUGAGUGCUUUUAGUUUGUUAUUAAUAUGUUUAGAUCACACUUGUUAGCCAGACACAAGAUUUUGUCUGUUUCAGAAAAAGGUUCAUUUGCUAAAAAUCAAGAUUAAUGGAUUUAAUCCAUUUUUCUUGAUGUGUCGAAUUUUUAUUGUAAUAAAUGUUUUUUAAAAAGUACAGAAGGAACUCAUAAUGGUAAUAAAUUUUGAGAAAAAAAAUUCAGUAAAUUUGAAGUUAACCCUUCCUCAACAGUAUACCAAGAGAGAUUUAGUAAUGUUUUCAUUAACUUGAAGGUGGAGGUCAUUGUGUGUGAUAUUCUGAUUCUUGGUCAUAAUGCAUUUUCACUGUAAAUGCCACUAAUUAGUUUUGAGGUCUUACAAUGAAAUAGUUACAGGGCAGUUUAUCAACAUGAGUGUUAGAAAUUAAAAACGGUUACUGAAUUUUCAGUUUUCCCACUCUUCUUACAUUAUAAGUUAAACAUUUAGUCAGUGUACAAUUUUUGACACCUUAAAUUUUUAUUCUAAAUUUAAGCACAACCCCCUCCUCCUGGCAGUAAGUUUAACUUUGUUUUUCCUCCCUUUUUAAUCUGUUUUAUUAAAAAAAAAAGGGCUUGGCAAUGUCAAUAUGGGUUUGUUUGAUCAGCUGUGCACUGAAGUAAAAUGCAUAAUUUUUUUAAAUUUAAGGAUAUAAUUUAAAAAAAAACCCAAUGAAUACAACAUGCUUAAAUGUAAUGAAGAUUACUGGACAGCUUAAAUAAGGCUUACCUUCAACAAAAUUUAAGAAUUGUCACAAUUGCUGUUAACAGCAGCUAGUAACAUUUGAAGAGCUAUAUAUUUUUUUAUUUCUUAAUGUAUAAAGAUAAAUUAAAAAGCCUUUUACUUUCCUCUUAAAUGUUGGCAAAGUGAGUGGGGAUGUUUAAACAAACUCAGCUUAUAUACAAUAAAAUUUACAUUUGAAAAUAUUCCCAUCUUAAUUUUAAAAAAUUUGAAUGAAAUUUUGCACAUGUAAUAUAACAUUAUGAUGACCAUAGACAUUAUUUCUUAUUUGUUAACUCAAAGUGGGAUAUUGAUUCAGCUUGUCCAAUACCCACACUACACUAAGAUUGAGAAAUUAUAUUUUAAUUUUUGAGAAAAUGUAGGGAGUCUGUAUUGGCAAAUAAUAACCGAAUGACUUAAGGAAUAGAUUGUAUGGAAUAAGUUAAGGUAAAUAAGUUAAUCACAACCAAGUAAAAUUCGGUGUAAGAAACAUUUAUUGUUAAAUGAUUAAAUUUUAAUGUUCAGAUUCAGGCAAUAAAAUAUUGAACUUACACAGCAUUAGUAAUUAAUAUUACAAUAGACCAUGAACAUUUUGAGCAUGCCUCUCUAUUCUAGUAAUCUCUUACUAGUAUUCUAGUAAUCUCUUACUGGUCUUUUAUUUUUAGGUUUAUCCUAGGUCUUGAAGUCUGUUUUUACAAAUUAUUUAUUUUAAAAGUCAAAUACUUUUAAAAUAAGUUUAUUUUCAAAAGAUUUUGUAAUUCAUUUAAAUAUCAGUGGGGAUUGGAAGUAUGCUAUAGUUUACACCUUGCAACUUUAUUUCAUUAUACCAACUAUAAAGCAUUUUCUAUGGUUUAUUUUGACUGGUUGAAUAUAAAUAUUUGUAACUAUACACAUGGACUCAUGAUGAAGAUAACUUUUUAAAAAAAAGUCAAUAACUACUUUUUUUUUUUGAGACAGCUCUAUGACUUUCCAUCUUUGUUAUAAUCUUUUUGUGAAUGUAUUCAAACAAAUGUUGGUGAUUGGGAAGUCUUUAUUUUUUCUGGCAUUGGUUUAAACUCAGCACGUCACAGUAAUUGUGUCCUCAACUGUUCUCCACAUUACGCCAGCAAAGUGAUUCUCUUCCUAGUGUGACAAUGUUCGAGUUUAAAAAAUUGUUUAUCAACACAAUUUCCAGAUUAUUUUUCACUGGGGCAUCACAAUUUUAAAUCUGCUUGUUAAUUGUAUUAUCCCCUUCGGUCAUUGCAUUUAUUACGUUAUGGAUAUAAAGCUGGUUUCACUAAAUGAAUUUAAAAUUGUGAAAUGUAAUUUUUUCUAGGAUUUGUAAAUGAAAAUGUUCACCUAUAUCUUAAACAUUGGGUUCCCUUGGUUUCAACUUUUCUUGUUUUCAUUGGAUAAGAUUUUUCAUUUUAUUUUAAGCAUAUGCAUGGUGAUAACAGCUGCUUUUUUUUUUUGCUACCCAGCUUGUACAGCACUUUAUGUUCUCAAAUAACAGAAAUAAUUUAUCUUCUCUUAUAAACAAUGAAUAAUAUUUUAAACUUCAAUAUGCAUUGUAACAAGAAAGAAAAAACAACAGAUACUAAAUGAGGUACAUUGUCUUCUUAUGUUAUGCAUCCCAAGCAGACUCCUUUGUUAUUGAAACAUUCUUAGUUUUAUUUCAGAGGCAUUUUAUUUAGAUUAUGCAUUUUGGCUUAUUAUUCAUGUAAUUACUAUCAGUGAAUUUGAUAAUGAACACUGUUUACUUCAAUUUUUUUGUUAUUUGUCUCCCAAUUUUAAUAUAUUUUUCAGCCACAUAUCCUCCUGGUGGCCCCAUCCCACCUCAACCAGUUCCUCCACCAGGAUUGAGACCUCCACAUAUUGCAGGACCUGGUAAGAAUUUCAAGUCUUCUAUUGUAUGAUUUGAUACAUUCAGAAUGCUAAUUAUUGUUCUUAGAUCAAUAUUUUAAAUCUGUAUGCUAGUAUGACAAAUGAAAGGCAAUUAAAAUACUUUAUGAUUUUUAAAAAAUGAACAUCAAUUUUAACUGGAAUUCUUGUUUUGAAAACUUAAAUUUAUUUGAAUUAUAAUCUCUAAUAUUACAUUAGGAGGAUUUGAAGCAAAACAUAUAUUAUAUAACUUAGAUUUUAACAUUGUCAAUACUUGUACUUUAAAAGACAAAAAAAUCUAUAAAUUUAUCUUGGAACAGUCAGCGUAAUAAAUGGGUUCUAUAUAUUAUUUCAGAAUGACAUAUACCCAUCAUUAUGUUAAUAUCCACCAUAAUAACUGUGACAUAUAGCUAGAAUAUCUUUAUUGCUAAGUAAAUGUCUCGUGGGCAUUAUUGUAAUUAGUUAUUUUUUGCCAAGUCUGACAGCAAAUGGAAAAAAUGGCCCACUAGUUCAGAUUUGUUUUACAUUUUAUGUUAAGCUAUCCCAAUAUUUUCAGCAUACACACAUUUUUUGUUUCCAUUGGUUAAGUUAAAUUCAGAAUUUUUCUUACCUGAACUGCUUUCAGGUAUACCUCCUCCAAAUAUGGCACCUGUAUCAGCAGCCCCACCUCCCGGUCAUGUCCCCCCACCUGGACACAAUCCUUUCUUCCCUCCUCCCAUUACAGGACCACCUCCUGCAGUAAGUACUGGUUCAACAUUCUUUUUAAUAGUUAAAUAAUGUUUUUAAUUGUAAAGUGCUUAGAGCUUUAAGGUAAGCGCUAUAAAAAAAAUGCCUAAAUAAAUAAAUAAAUAAAUAAGACAUAAUGAUUUCCAUAACUUCUUGUUGCCAAAUACUAACAAAUUGAAACCAAAAAAGAGCUAGGUUGACUUUAUAUAUAAAAUAAAAGUUAACUACAUAAAAUUGAUGUAAACAAAAUUGAAAUCUAUAUAGGAUGUAUUUACUUAUUCAAUUUUAAAUCACCUUUAACAUACAAGUGUAAAUUAAAUUUACAUAAGAUAUAUUAUAUGUAUCCUACCUAAAAUGAAAGAAAACAUUUAGAUUGGGAAAAAAUCCCUGACAAAAACAAAGCUCAGAAGAAUGGAAAUUUACAUUAUGUAAAUUUAAUUUAUACUAUAUGAAUGUUUGUUGUGUGUUUGUUGUACUCAUGAAAGCAUUUUCCAAAACGUUUACAUUUGUAUUCUGUGUAAUCAUUAUUAAAGCUAAACCUAUAUUUUUUUAUUUACAAAAAUUGUGUCUUUAUUAAUGUACUCAAAAGCUUUAUCGCAGUCCAACACUCUUUAUAAUUAGUUAAUUUAACCCUUGGACAUUGCCAGUAGCUUCUUUUACCCCCUAAAAAAGAUUUUGAAUUUACAACCAUAAAAGAUGUAAGUAAACAAGCAAAUGUGUUGGAAUAUCUAAAUGAGAUGGGAAAGAAAAGAAUAAAAUUUGCCUCCAAAUGUAAUUUAAAAUGUAAAAAAAAUAUACAGAGUAACAGAAAGUAAUAGUAUUCAUAACAAAAAUAAAACAAACCAAAUCCAUCAUCCAUUGAAGUCAGAUGUUUUUGUUAUGUUGUCAUGCCAUUUUCCCUUUUUUUUUUAAAUAAAGGGGAACAUUUUAUAUUUACUGAUUAUCUUUUUACAUUCAUUUAACUUUUAGGCUGCUCACCCACCACCUGACCCAUAUGGCCGACCACCUCCAGCAGCAUCCUAUGCUGAAAAUCCUUAUGCCAGGCCUCCCCCAGAAAGGUAAAAAUGUGGUUAUCUUGAUGAUAUAUUUAAUGUAAUUAGUUUUAAUAAUUUUAUUAACCCUGUCAAAAAACAUAUAUUUUUGUUGUUUGAAUGUAGAAAAUGGGUUCAGUUUGACUUUUCAUACAUAGUUCCCACGCUAGGUUUACUUUUAUGUUCAUUGAGCUAAAAAAAAUCUUAGGUCUCCUUCAGGUAGUGGGGUAAUCGGUAAUCAUAUUACUUUUUAAACCUUUCUUUAAAUGGAAUGAAUUACAAGUCAUAUGUUUCUAUAUUUUAGGCCUUCCCGUUCAGAGAUAAGAAAAACUCCUAUCAGGUUGGCUUGUAAAAAACAUUGCAUUACAUUCGGUUUUAAUUUGGCUGUUUAGUUUCACAAGUUCAAGUUUGUAACUGUUUAUACAAGAGUUUGAUUUUUAUUUUUCCUGCUAUGAAAAUGUGUGUUUACACAACAAUUGAUUUUUAUUUUUCCUAAUAAAAAAAUGUUACAACAGGGUUAACAUACUUAUUGCUGUGAGAUAGGUUUUAAAUUUACAAGUAUCAAAGUAGAAAAUUGAUAUUUGUUUAUGAAAUGAGUUUUAGCCACUUAAAAAAACUCCUUUAAAUUCUAAAAUGAAUUAAAUAUUGGCAAAUCAAUGAAGGGGAUGAAGUGAUGUAUUUUAAAAUAUUUACCCUGAUAAAACAAAAUUAAUUAUUGGCAAAUCAUUAAAAUGGAUGAAGAGAUGCAUUUUAAAAUUGUACAAUAUUUACCUUGAUAAAACAAGGAGGUAUUUUAUAAUUUAAACAAAAUUGCUCUUGGGUAACAGUAAAACAAUGUUUGGAAAUGGGUCAUUAGUUUUUAUGUGCCUAUAUGAAUAUUUAAAUGUAUAUGAAUGAAUAUUUUUACUCAGACAUGAACCACCCCCACCUCAGUUGAGUGACCAAGAGUUUGAAGAAAUUUUCCAGCGCAACAAGACAGUCUCAAGUAGUGCUAUUAAUAGAGCAGUCCAGGAUGCAAGCUCUGGUAAAUUGAUUCAUUUUUUAGAUUCUAAAUGGCUUCUUACUUUGUUUUGAUUUCAAUGGCUAAAUUUGACUUCCUUUUAAAAAAUUAUUUAUGCUUAUUUUUUUUUUUUCAAAUUUAAAAGGGGACUUCCCCAGUGCGAUAGAGACACUGGUGACAGCCAUUUCUCUUAUAAAACAGUCAAAGAUUGCAUCAGAUGACCGGUGCAAAAUACUCAUUAGUUCUCUACAAGAUACUCUCCAUGGCAUUGAAGAAAAAUCCUAUGGAUCUAGGUAAGCUUUAAAUUUAAAAAUGUAUUUGUAACUAAGCACCUGUUAAGUUAAUUGAGACUUAAUUGUUUCAUGAGACAAUAAAUAUCUAGCAUAUAUUUCAAUUGCAUUUUUAUUUCAUGCAAUUUUUCUCAAAACAUAAAAUUAUACUUUUUAAAAAAUUGUUAUUAAAAAAAUAUAUAUAGAUCACAAAUUUUUUUAAAACAGAAGUAUUUAAUGGUUUUAUUCACAGUAGCCGCCGACGCUCUCGAUCAAGAGAUAGAGAUCGGGAGAGAGAAAGAUUAGAGAAGAGACCCAGACACCGCUCACGCAGUCGAGAAAGGGAUCCUCGAGAGUACAGAGAGCGCUCCAGGGAAAGAGAUAGGGAGAGGGAGCGCCAUUAUGAGGAUCGCCGUGAAAGGGAAAGAGAGAGAGAACGAAGUGAAAGAAGUGACAGAGGAGGAGAAAGAGAUAGAGAACGGUCUGAAAGAGAACGUAGCGACAGAGAACGCGCUGAACGGGCUGAACGCGAACGCAGUGAUAGGGAGAGAGCAGAUAGGGAAAGAGUUGAAAGGGAGCGAACAGAACGUGAAAGGACAGAUCGUGACUACAGUAGCCGCAGACAUUAAAACAUUUGCUUCAGUCACCAGUAUAACUAAAGGUAAGACUGUUCAAAAUCUGUUCAUCAGAUUUGAUUAGCUAUUUACCGUUAUUUGUGCCACUUGACAGAAUCUUUUCCAGGUCUGAAAAAAUCAAAUAGUUCUCACCUGUUGAUGAUUCUGCACCUUACCUUUCAAAGUGUUCCAAGUAUCGGCAGGGCUCUUUUUAAGUCUUGCAGUCGAUCACCAGUAUCCAUAUUGCCAAAGCCACCAUAUUUUAAAUUGAGUCAAUUAGGUAAGUAGUUAUUAUUGAAUGACAUGUCUGGAACUAAUUUAAUGUUUGAUUUGCUGUUUUUUUUUCUACAGUGCUUCAUCAAGCAUUUUCACCAUUUAUUUUCCAGAAGUUGAGAUGAAAAGUGACUACCUCCUGGCCACAAGUGCCCUUUCUAUGUUGUUCUACAUACAGUUUUAAUUUCCUCAAUAAGCUUGGUUCACUGAUAUGAAAAAGCUUGGCUCAACAAUUAGGCGAACUUGCGGAUACAUUCUUUUUGACAGUUUUUAUCUCGCAUGCUGUAUUCUAAUUUAGCAAAAAUGUAUUGCUUAGAGAACUAAUUAAAAUGACCUAGAUUCCGAGUACUACACGCCGUAUGUUCAGCUGAUGUAAAAUUAAUGAAUGUGUAGACAUUUUAUCUGUAUUGGAGCAAAUGUCUUGGAAUGAAAGAACCUUCCACAUCAGUCUAUCAGAGAAAUGGGUAUUGUGUGGUUGUAGCAUACAAGUUAUUUGAAUAUGGGAAUAAGGCAAACUCAUCAGUCGAUGCAAUACAAUGUUUAAAGCUCUAUACGUAAUGAACCACUUCACUACAAAAUACAUCUUGUGCAUAUUAAAAUUAAGGCUGGACAUGUGUUUAUAUAAAAAGCACACCCGCAAGGCAUUUGAGUAAUUGUUGGGAUGGAGAUAAGGAAAUUAUAUUUGUUAAAAAUUUCCGGAAGUGUCAUGCUGUAUAUAUUUCUAUAUAUAUCAAAUAUUACUGCGAAUCUGAAAAUUGUUUCAAAUGUUCAAGAGACACAGCAGAAAGUUUUUCAUUAAUUGCGUGUGCUUGAAAGGAUUCCUGCUUGCUUUGAAAUUGGUUUUUAAAUAUUUAUUUUCCUGUAUAUCUGGGCUUACUGCUGAGAUAUGUAUCUGUGACUGAAUGUAUUAACGCACAUUAAUAUAAUUAUUGAUAGUCAACUUCAGUUGUCUAAAAAAUCUCUUGAUGCUUUGUGUGAAGGAUUUAGUGUAUUACUGUUUGUUUAUGUUCCAGUUGUGUUGUCAUUGUAAACUACUGUAACUAACUUGAGUCUUCAAGUUAAACAUGGAUUGGAAAUCAAUUAACAGGGACCAAAACUAAUUUUAAUAGUUGCUGUAGGUCUUAUAUAUUUAUCUGGCUUAUCACACCAUUUUUCUAUUUUUUUAUUUUUUUUUCCUUUUUUAACUUAUUAACUUAUAGCUUUUCAAUUCUUAACCCUGUCACUUAAAAAAAAAAGGAUAGUUAUUUUGCAUUUUUAAUAUUAGAUUGGAGAAAUAAAGUUUAGCCUAUGCUAAAUGAAAUUGCCUCAUUUUUACAAGGUGCUAUUUUUAAUGUGAAAAAAUAAUUUAUUUUCAUAAAAUUUGAUAAUUUAAUUCAAUGCUUCAUUUGUAUGUAGAUUUAAAAACUUGUAAUUUUUUUUCUCAUGAUGUACCUCCUAGAUGAAAUGGUACAAGCAUUUUUUCAGUUUUAAUCUUCAUUGCAAUUUUAGGAAUACAUAAAGUAGCUAUGAUUGAUUUGCAUAGUAAAUGUACUGGAUAUAUAUUUUUAGUAAUAUGAUUUUUAACUUUUCAUUAGUAAAUUUAUUUAUUUUUUGUUGAAAACUACAGAAUCUCAAAUUUUUAUGAUCACUCCUUUUUUUUCCUGAAUUUAAAAAAAAAAUAUAUAAAAUAACAUUUGAUAUGUUUUUUUUAAAAACAACUUGUAAUCAAUUUUUUUCAAAACCAUAAAAAUAAUGGUAAAGAAAAGACAUUAUUUAUUAAUUUGUUAAACAUUUUUCAGUUAUAUUUUAAUUUGUAGUCAAGUAUUGAUUCUCCAGCUGAAAAUGCAUUUGAAACUAAGACAGAUUACUCUUUUAAGUCCUCAUGUUUUUGUGCCUGUUGGUGUAACUUUUUGUUGUAAUGAGAAGUGAAUGUUAAUUUUGCAAGCAUGUAUGCAAGGGAUAUGACAUGAAUGACAGAUGUUUGCAAUAUGUUAGGGGGAGGGGGGGGGAUUCUGUAGCAAUGUGGCUGAGUUGGGAAACAUUUAAAGUCAGUUUAGAUUUUGCCUCAUCAUUUCUAAUACCGUUGUAUUAAAAAAAAAAACUUGUCAUAAUUGUUGACGAUUUAAUGUUAAAUAAUUGGUCUUUCAGUGCGAUUAUUCAACUUCCCGUUUAUACUGAUGUGAUAUUACUGUUUUGACAAGGUACAUUUUACCGUACCAAACCGUCCAAUAUUUUUAUCAGUUUUACCCCGUCUGCGUGAAAUAUUCCACUCAAUUUUUAUUUAUUAACACUGCCAGCAUGCUAAAUAUUUUGAAUGUUAUUUUUAGUUAUGCUUUCAUGACAUGAAAUACUUUACUUAUGUCAUAUUUCUACAUCUUAUAAUUCUAUUGACUAAUGCAUUCCUGUUUCAGAUGACAAGAGGGUUGUCUCCUUGAUGUUUGCCUUAAGUUGUUUUUGUUUAUAAUUGUGCUUUGCUUUUUUUUAAUUUUGAGUUUCUGUUAAUGCUAUGAUUCAUGCUUUUUGGUUGUUUUCUUUUAACAAUUCAUUUUCUACAAAAUGUCCUCAGAGGUGAUCCUGUCUACAAUAAAAAGAAAACAUUUUUAUUUAUAUUAUAUUCAGUUAAAUCUUUUAACUGUGUAAAUUAUCAUUACUUCAACAUUUUGGAUAUAAUAAUGUGUAAAGUUAUAUUGUACAACCAACAUACUGAACCUGGACCAAACAGUCUCAAUCUUUUUAGCCUGUUGAAAUCGAAUAGAUUUUUUGAAUAUCAGAGUACAAAGGUAUGCAAGAUGAUGAACUGACUUAUUAAAAAGAAAAUGUUGAGCUAUCUUUCAAAAUGCUGAUUUAAAAAUUGCUCACUUCAGGUAAUUAAGUUUUAUGUAAAACGAAUUUACACUGGAAGGCAAUGAUGAUUGUUUAACAUGACUCACAUUAUUGUGAUUAAAUUGAGAAUGCCAAGUCUGUUAUAGUUUAGGACUUGUCUGUGGAUUGUUUCUCACUUUUAAAUUAAUUGGUGGUUAGGGCUUUUUUUAAAAAUUUGAAAUGUGAAUGGGGUUUUUCCUAUGAUUUUAGAGCAGGGAUCUCCAAACUGAUUUGAAGAACAGCUAGGUUCAGGCUAAGUUGAGACUUUCUUUAAUAGCAUGUAAUUAUUUGUCAAUAGUCUCUGAAAAUUUGAUUGCUCAUUAACACCAAUUUGUUUCUUAAAGAGCAAUAUUAAUAAUAAGCUGAUUUUUGGGGGUUAAAAUGGAACAACUGAAAUGACCUUUAUACAGAAUUAAAUAUGGCCCUCAAAGUUUGCAUUAAAAAAAACAACAAAUCUCUUUAUGAAAUCAAAGGAAGCUACUGCAUUUUGCAUGUCAAAGCUGGAUUUUAGUUUGGAGAUCCUUGAUAAAGGUCAUCAUCAUUACAUUUUCCUUAUGAAACAGUUAUGACAUGGUAGAUUAUAAUUACACAUGUUAAUGGUUUAUCUGUCCAUUUACUUCAUAUUUCUUUAUUAGUGAUAUUCAAGUAUGGAAUUCAAAAUGCUUGGGUGCAUUUUUUGUUUGUUUUUUUACAACAUGCAGUACUUUGGGUGCUGGGUGGAUGAGUGGUCUAAACUGUCUCAAACCAAAUCGCUGGUGGUCAUGAGUUCAAUCCCCACCAAAGCCAAAGUCCCAAUCACCCCGGGUGGAUGAGACUCGUUAGCCUUAGACAGCAACUCAUCUAGGAGAAGGCAAACUCUGAAUUCAAAACCAGGAGCCAGAAUGAUCAAUUAAUUGUUAUAUAUAAGAUGAAGAAGUUUGAAGUCAGUCAACUUGGUUUACUUCGCUAAGGCAUCUAACACAUUCUUUCUCAUAUUAAAAUAUCAAAACAAAUCAUAGAAGGACGUUGAUAUAAAAUGAUCCAGUAUAUUGGAUCCAUGCUAGUAAGUCAUGAUUAUUUGGUAUUUAUGACGCUGUGAGAACCUCUGAUUUCUGCCUGUGUGACAAGCCUUGCUCUAUAAUUUAUUUCAGUGCCAAAAGUCCUUGGUUAUGUUUGCACAAUGCGUUUGACCAUUUGUUUUUAUAAGAUCAUUCAAAUGAGCCAUCUCUUAAACUAGUCAUCGGACAUGCUGGCAUCAUUGUUUCUAUCUGUUGUUUUCUAAAUGCUUACUGCAUUUGGAUUAUUAAAAAUGAAAACUUCCAUUCAUCAAGGGAUGCAUUAAGAACAUAAUUCUUUGAUUGGUAUUUUAGAUAAUUGUUUCACAAUCAUACCUGAAGUAUUUUAAUAAAAUUGUCUUGUAUUUCUUGAUGUUGCAGGUUAUUACAUUUCUGCAUUAAAAUAGGCUAAAGCAGACACUGAACUGAUAGACAUGUUGAGCAUGCCUCUGAACAAUUGAUAUUAAAAAAAACUAUGCCCCCCUCUCGCCUUUAAGAGCCUUGAAAUAACAGUAUUCUAUUUCAUCUCCUGUUUACCUCUAUAAAAUGCUUUCUUUAUCCUGCAGAUAAUAUGUUGUGAUCUCUUAAAUUGAAUAUUCUUCAUUUUUUUAAGUUCAUGUGAUGUUCUUUUUUUUUUUUUUUAUAUAAGCCUUUGAUAUGAUUUACUCACUUUCUGUUUGUUUGCAAUGGUUUUAAAAAGAUUGUCAAGUUCAUUAUUUGGUGGCUUGGCAAUAUUUAUACAAAUGUUAUCUACGUCCUGGCAAUAUUUAUACAAAUAUUAUCUACAUUUAACGCCCUCAACAACUGUUUUAAUUGCUAUUUUAUAAAUUGAAUAUUCUUCAUUUUUUUAAGUUCAUGUGAUGUUCUUUUUUUUUUUUUUAUAUAAGCCUUUGAUAUGAUUUACUCACUUUCUGUGUGUUUGCAAUGGUUUUAAAAAGAUUGUCAAGUUCAUGAUUUGGUGGCUUGGCAAUAUUUAUACAAAUGUUAUCUACGUCCUGGCAAUAUUUAUACAAAUAUUAUCUACAUUUAACGACCUCAACAACUGUUUUAAUUGCUAUUUUUCAUACAAUUGAAAUUGUAGAGAACAAAUCUGUCAUGACGAAUUUAAAAAGCCUAACCACGUCAAAUAUUUUUUAAAUUGUCAUAUAUAAUUAAUGCCAAUGUUUCAAUAACCUCCAUUUAAGGCAAAUCCAUACAUCAACAGUUGAAUCCGUCACAAUAAUGUAUUGGUCAGAAACAACCUGGAACUAACACUAUAAACUAUAAGUUAUUAUUUGUAUUAUUUUAACUUGUUUUUGUUGUUGAUACAGCCAGUUCCUAAUUUAAUGUGUUCAAUUCCUAGAUGGUCUUUAAUUGUAGGCAUUAGCUAGUUAUUUGCAAAACUUAGCUUUAUAUUUAAGAGCAAAACUUGGGUUUAUAUUAUAGAGCAAAACUUCGGUUCAUAAAUACUCACUUACAGGACAGAUAAACUUCAUAUAUAAAUGAUAACUGUCAUUUUGGCGUAUGAAAAGCAUGUUGUAUAUAGAUGUGCUAUAUUGAGACAUGUAUAUAAUCAGAAUGUAAAUUUUUUAAAAUGCGUAAGAAAGAAAUUGUAAUAUUCAGUUUUAAAGAUUUAAAUCAGGAUGGCCAACCUUCAAUUUUGCUGUCCGCCGGAUAUAUGGAUAUAUCGUUCAUUUAAAUUGCGUCUCUUUCCUUCUAGCUUCAAACUUAUAUUUGAAAUUCAUGAAUGCAUAUUUCAAAAGAGUUAUAUCUCAAGUUAAACUAUAAAAUUUAUUGAUGUGUUUUUAUACCAUGUGUAGGUGUGUUAUAAUGGGAGGAUUAUGUGCAUUAUGAACUAAUAUAAUAAUUUUGUCAUCAUAAUGUUUAUUUUGAUUAUUAGGUUAGCCACAUGCGGCCCGCAAAGGGUUGACUUGUGAUCAAAAUGGCCCGUGAAGCCAUUUGGGUUGGCAACUUCUGAUAUAAAUAGUUGAAAAAAUAUGUAACAAUAUAUGUAUCAUGUACAUAUACUUAAAAAUUCAACUUCAUUUCUCCACAUUUUCACCUAAGUGCCCAUAUUUCCAUGUUUGCAUCAAAGAUAGCAUUUUCAAAAUUGUCCCUUUGCUCGUAUAAGGUGCAUGGUAGAGCAUAUACAAAUGCCAAAUUAAAUUACAACUGACAUCAUUUUAUUUGAUAUGGGUCAAUUGUAUCUAUUUUGACAGCUUCACCCCCUUUUUUAUUCUGCAUCACCAAAACAAGAUAGCUUGAUUUCUUGUAUUCGCGAAGAAAUUAUUAAGAAUUACCUGAAUGUUGUUGUAAUAAGUAAAUAAUUAUUAUGGGUCAACUAUAAAAUCUAAUAAAUUAAUUUUACAGUUUAACAUAAAAUCUUUUUCUUAAGAUAUAUUAAGUCAAGAACUCAUUGUAGUAAAUUUAGGCUUGGCUACAAUAUAACUUUUAAUAAAAAUAUGCAUUUAUUUCAUUCCAAAUUUUUAUAGAGUAAUAUAGAAAACAAAUGUCAAGUUCAUUUAUCAGAAAAAGGAAGAAAAAACACUACUAUAACAGUUAAACUAAAAUCAAGCCAAUUCAACAGUGGUAACAAUUUUUUUGCCUGUUUUGAGAUUAACAUUAUUUUAACAGAAAGUCUAACUUAUUCCAACUGAAAUUAGGUAGUGGUACUGGUAACUAAUAAAAUGAAAAAUAAUGAACACUUUCUUUUACUUGCAAUUUAAAUUUCUUUUGUGACAUUCGUCGUCAUAUUCUUAUUUAAAUGUCCACCAGAUAUAUAUAUUUGGCUUCAAAAAUAUUUCUUUUAAUCCUUUGACUCGUUUCUUUUCAAUGUCUCCCACCUGGGUUCUCAAAAUUUUUGAAUCAGACACUGUUGAGGGCUGCUAUAUUUGAAAAAAAGAAAUCUUAUGCACAUAAACAUAAGUCUUAGUUGUUGUGAAAAGAAAUGGGGGUAAAAAAAACAUUUAAAAUGAAGAAUAAUUUAACAACUAAAAGUUUAUUUGUAUUUCAAUGUGAAGUAUGGGCCUGCUCUAGCUAACAAGAUGGUUGGUAUCUGGUUCCGUAUAUUUCGUCGCUCACACUUACCCUUAACGGCAGUUGGGUUAAGGAUCCCUGGUCUAUCAUUUUGCUAUAAUUAUUUAGGAGAAUAUGAUGAUGUAUAAUAGUUUUAAAAUGGUUUAGUUUUAAAUUACAGCUGCCAUUUGAGAAUUUUUCUUCAUCUUUUUAUUGAUAUCUUAUUUUGAAGCCCUGUGGAAUGGAAAAUUUCAGAAGUCUGGCAACACUUUCUUUUUAACUGGACUAUCUUUUAAAAUUUUCUAACCAGAUAGUUUGUUCAGAGUCUUUCAUUUCUGAUCUAUUUUGAUUGGCAGUGAGUUAAAAAAAAAUAUAUGCAUUAUGACACUGUGGUAUAAAAAAAAAACACAACAUUUUGAGUAUUGAUGGUGGUGUGUGUGUGAGACACACAAGAAUUAAAGAAAAAAGUUCAAUCCACACAUACCAGGAAUUUUGACAUAUAUACUGGGACCGCAUUUAUCAUAUUACCUCGGAGUAAGUUGGACACUUUUAUUUCACAGUAAGUUGGACACUUUCAAGUAUUAACAAAAACUGUAGUGGAGUUUUAGCUUUGACAUGUGUAGCUCUGGUUAUAGUUUCUUUCAGAGACAAGUUUAAAUACCUUUAUUUACUUAACAUUGGGUUUCUCAACCUUUUGUGUGUUCUGCAUCUGGAAAAAUUGCUUGACCGUAAGUCUCACAACCCUUACAAGUUGAAUGUGUCAGUAUGCCCUACAGAAGUAACAAUGCAUUUGAAACUUGGAAAAAUAUCGACUUCCAUUUCUGGUUUUCUGGUUUUGGGGACUUGCAUAUAAAACUUCUUACAUAAUUAAGCUGUGACAAAUUAUAACACUCUAAUGGCUUAUUUAUUUACAGAGACAUUGUAGACAUUCAUCUUAAAAUAAUCAUUAUUUAAAAGAAAGGCAUGAAUGAUAAUCUGCAUUUAAUGGUAUGGCACUGACAUAAUUAACCUUUGUCAAUGGAAUGUUCAGUAAUAAAAAAAUCUACAAUAGACCUCAAAUCUCUCACAUAACCACAUGUAAUAUAGAGCGCUGCCGUUUUUUUGGGAACUUGAAAGUAUCCCACAGAAAUAGAAAGUAAGAAUGUCUUUUAUUUUAUCUACCUUAAUUAUUCUGUCUGAAUAUAUGGUGUCAAUAUUAUUUUUACAAAACAGCCUUUUGUCUUGUUACAUGCAUAACAUUUAAAAAAAAAAAAGAAGGUAUUUGGGAUUCUACACUUAGGCAACUUUUUAACUGUGUAAAUGUAUGUAGUUGAUUUGAAGUUACCUGUAAUGAAACUUAUAAUUUGUUUCAUUGAUAUGAGCUGUACAAUUGUUCUGUAACAAUCUGCUUUAUAUUUCUUAAUCUUCUAUCUUCUUUGUCUUUCUGUUUAUUGAAAAUCAUUUGAUAUGGAUUUCUUCCCUUCUGUAAUUUCCGUUUUAAAAAGUUUCAUUGCAAUGAGAGUUUCAAUGUAGUGAGUCUUGUCUGUUUGAAUUAAAAUAAAGUUUCAAUGUAAUGAGUGUAGUCUGUUUCUAUUAAAGAAAAGUUUCAAUACAGUGAGUACAGUCUGUUUGCAUUUAAAAAAGAAGACACACAAUUUAAUGAGAACACAAUAUUUACAAAAUUAUUUCCAACUUACUAGAAUUCCAUAUGUAUAUGAUUAAAGAAUGUUUACUUGUUGUGGUUGAAUCCUAAGGAAAAGCAAGUCUAGAAUCAAAUGUAAUGAUACCAUUGUCCUUUUUUUUUUAUUUGUGUGUCUAUGUAGAUGCAUUGGAUUUUUGCUGUAAUGACCUUGACCUGUAAAAAGAUGGUGCAACACCACUCUCCCUAUUAUUGUAAAUAAAUCUGUGGACUAUAAUAGUUUAGUAUCUGUUUACAUAACAGCAGCAAUUCUCAUAGCUUGUUUUUCCUCUGGAUUAAACAUAAACUGUAAACCACCCCCUCACCCCCACCACCUCUUUUUAUAUUAUAAAUUAAUCUGUUGACUAUAAUAGUUUAGUAACUGUUUACUAAACAGAAGCAAUUCUCAUUGCUUGUUUUUUCCUGUGGAUUGAACACAAAAAUAGUUGUUUGUAUGUUUUAUGUUUACUGUAUUAUCAUUGACAUAUCCAUUUCUAUUUUAUUACAUAUAUAUGUCCCUUAAAAAUAUUCGAAUAGAACUUCUAAUAAGGCUUGAAUGUGUGUUUAAUACAGUUAUUUGAAUAUUUUAUGUGUCGUAUUUCAGUUACAAUGCUUGGAGAGCACACACAGGAAAUAGAGAGUUGUUAUAAUUGUAUAGCUUGGAAAAAAAAAAUAUUGCUAACUAGCAUAUGAUUUCCAACAAGCCAUUGUCAUGCUAUGUAACAUAAAAUUUAAGUCACACUUUUUGCUGUACCGGUAGUACUAAAUUUUACUUGCAUUGUUAAGGGAAAAAAAGCAUCUAAUGUGUUUUACAUAUGAGAAUCAAAUUAUUUGAAUAAAUCUCAUUAAAAUGUGUACCCAACGUGGUAGGCGUACACCAUUAAUAGUGACAUUAAAUUUAUUAAUUCAAACAAUGAUGUGUAGAAUGAUGCAGAAAAAAAAUGUUUACUUACUUAUUGUCAUAGAUAAAUACAUUUUUGAGUUGUACAUUAGUAAUUGGAAUGAAAUGUGCAAGGUUAAUUUGUUUCAAGUGUUGCAUUGUAUUGAACACAUUUGUAUUUUCUCAUUUCACUGUACUUUAUGGGGUGUGUCUGCAAAGCUGUUACGAUUACAACUAAGUGACCACACUUAAAACUAUGCUCAAAAUUGUGCUCCCCUGUAUUUUCUAACAAUGAAUAUUAGCACUCUACCUGUGUGGGCUACUGUCAUUCAUUGCUUGUAUAAAGAAUGGGUGAAAACAGGUGUAAUUAACAGCCUUGCAGACAUUGCUAUCCCAAAAAAUUGUUCUCUGUGUUAAUGUUGAACUGACCUUGUAUUUUCUUUCUCUUCCCCUGUUUGUUUCCCCCAGGCUACAUCAUGUAUCAAGUUUGUUCUACUGCCAAAUGUUCCUGGUGUUUGCACAGAGAGGAAACUUGUAUGUUCUACCAUCAUCAUCCGUGUUGCCAUUGUAGGAUUUUUUUUUUUACUGUCAGGAUUUGUAUCAUAUUGUGUAAAUUAUUGUUUUCAUAAAUUUAAUUAAGCAUGGUAGUAGCCAGAUGUCGAUCGAAAGUUUUUUUUACAAAUUAAAGUUUUUAAAUGUGGAGAUGGAGUUUAACUUGGGAAGAAUGGAGUAAAGGCUCGAGAGGAUUAACAAGCCACAAGAGGAUCCAUCUGCUUCAAGACAAAUUGGACAAGGCAGCUAGAUCGCCCAACAGUAUAGGAUUUGAACAGUGUGGGGCCACAUGAAGGAUUUUAAAACAGUAAUUAUUUUAUUAUGUGCAUUUAUUUUUCAGUUUGUUUUUACCCAUGUGCAUGUUAUGUUAUUAUUUUCAGUUUCCUUUAUUUUUUAUUUUUUUUUAAUAGUAUUUGCUCACGAGCAAAAUACUGUAGUUGAUGAGGUGAGUGUAACCAUGGGGAAAAAAAAAAUUACACCUAAUCUCAGGUACAGAAUUAUUUUUGGCUCCAAAUAUAUUUCUUUCAGAACAUCGUAAAGCUGCCAUUAAAAACUGUUCAGCUCAUUUGAAAUAUUCAUCACAUGUAACAUUUAAAAAAAAAUGUUGUCAGAACAAAUAAAUAAUAUAUGCAAUUAUUGGAGUCUAGAAACAGUACAAACUAUGAAACGAACAUAUUUUCAGGUAGUUUUCACUUCCAGGGGUUUUACUAAAAAAACUUUGGCAUAGUCCCAGAUAAAAAAAAAAGAGCUCUAUUAAAAAGAGUUCAAUAACUUUUGUGUUUAUUCUUUUAUUGAAUAAAUUUGAACAAAUCUCUUUAAUAUUUUGUAAUGUAAGGAGUUUUAGAUAUUUCACUGUAAUUUUUUUUUUUUAAAGAAAAUUUCAUUUUUGUUGUUUUUUGUCUGUAUGUUUGUGUUUGUAUAAUUAUUGGUGUCUUAUUUUCAGUACAGUUCUGGUGGUGCUAGGGUAGAUUUUAAAAUACUAGCCAUCCCCACUUUUAUGAAAUAAAGUCAUUUGAAAUUUUACAUUUUCAAUUAUGUUUUUUUAAUUCAUAUUCUAACUUUUAAAACAUCUUAUUGGAAUUGUGGUGCAAUAGAUGUUUGUGAUUAAUGCCCUAAUCAAAGAUGUAAUACUUCUGAUUAUUCAACUUCUUGGUACCAGGUAGUAAAGUUGUGAAAAUUUGAAAACGGUCUAACUAAAUUUUUCAGGUGCACAUUUUUGUUCACAUUGAUUCAAAUUUGGUUUGUUGGUAAUGAAAAGAUUUUGACUAGAUUUUUAAAAAAAAAUGUCUCUUCAAAUCUCUGCCUAAUUAUAGCCAUUGAAACUUGAGGACUGAACAUGAAAAAUCACUUUUGUUUUUGUGUGUGUGUGGGUUACAUUAGUUACAACAAAAAAGAAAAAAGGUGGGGGGGGGGGGGUGUGUGUGUGUGUGUGUUUCUUGUUAAAGAGUCUAAGAGAUCAGUGUGAAAAAACCUAAUAAGAGAUUAGUGUGAGUGAAGUUUAAGCUUGGAUACAAUUUGAUGGACUGAUUCAGCUGUGUUUUUAUUGAAAGGACAAUGGCAUAAAUUCAUAAAUUGUCAUGCGGACUGAAAUUAAAGUAUAAAAGUUGUUCACUUGUAGUAUAUAUUUUUUUAAUUAACUACAAUUAAAAUGUCAAAGUUUAUAUGUGUAAGUAUAUUUUAAAAUUACCUACAAUUAAAAUAUCAAAGUUGUUCACUUGUAGUGUGCCGUAGUGUAUUUUUUAGAUUAAAAAGAAAAGCUUGGCACCUUUUCAAAUUUAGUAGAAAAACCAUAAUUUAUUAUCUUAUGAGUAUGAGUACGGCAAAAGGCCAAAGCACUGUUAUCCCAUUUGUAAAGGGAUACACUUUUUGAAGGUCUACAUAAUUAUGUUAUAUACUAAUAAAUGCU